GGGAAGUUACGAAGGGGCACUGCAGGGUUCUUCCUUCGUCGGUCGUUUUCAGUGGAGAGUCGCCGAUCGUGUCGCAGAAGGAGCACUUUUCGAGGCUAGGGGGUUGCGUCUCUCUUGCUUCUCCCUUGACUUUUCUGCAGAACUUGAAAACUCUACCGGUAUCAUUCCUUUCGCAUGUUCGCUAGAAAGUCCGAGCGGAUUCGCUUUUUCCCCGGCAGGAUUCAUAAAAAUCUCGAGGUUCCAACACAACCAGAUACACACACACCGACACACACACACACACACACACACCAGUGGCCGGCGCAAGUAAGCCGUAAACUUGGACUUCUUUCCGUCCCUUUGUGAGUUCCAAUUCGAUUUCCUCGUGGCACUUCUCGAAUCCUCGAUUGAAAGACAAACGGGUCUUUCCAGCUCGCAAACAGAAAGUGCCUUAGUUCAUUCCCUCGUUUCGCCUGUCUGCCACUCUCUUCGGCUUGGCGCCCUGCGGUGAGGAGCACCCGCUGCUUGCCAGCCGACAGCUUCAUUUUAUUUUCGCCGUUCUUGUGCAUUUUCCCUUACCUACCGUAAUUUAAAUUCCCCUCGACAAGAUGGAACUCGUCAGCAAGGUCGAGGACCAGGAUCUCCUCCCCUUUGUCGGCUACUGCCGCAUUUUUGUCGUCGACAACGACGGACUCCAGCGCAAGACAAAGGGCAGCCGAGUAGAGGCGCCCCUCCACAUGCGGGUCGAGAACGGCAAACGCAUCUUUAGCGCCUACUUUCCUCCCAAAGACCCCGUGACGAUGCUCAAAAUCCAGUCUGACGAACAAGAAUUCAUCUACGGAAAACUCUGGGUCGGAACGAUUUGCAAGCCUGAGGAGAAUCCGAACACGAACCGUCUUCUGUGCGUGAUCCAGGGGCAAAACUGCAAGAGAUUGUCGGAAGAAGUCGAUUCUUCCCCCGACAGCACGUGCAAGUGCAAAGCGUACAUGCCGUUUCUGCCCGAGUGUUACUCGAAGCCUGUGGACGUUCGCCUAACCACGGCCGAUGAGAAAUUCGUCACAAAGCUGGUCAAGUUGGAAGUCGAGGUCCCAGAUGAAAUGUACGAGCCUUGGAUGCGCUAUUACAAAACACUCAAGAAGGUAGACCAAGAAGACAAGAACGGCGAGAAAGACGAGAAGAAGUGAUUGCAAGAAGAAGAGGAGCAAGUGGGCGAACCGCCAGGAUGAACCGAAGAUCCGAAACCGUCUGUUAUUUGUGAUUGUGUGAUUCCAUGAAGGCGCAACAAGCAGUUCAUAGGGGGGGGGCAAGGGGCGGUCGCAAACGCCGUUCUUCCAUUGUCCAUCAUCUCUUGAUGUCUAAAGUUGAACGGCCACCCCUCUGCUUCUUCCAGCGCGUGUUCUAUGAAUUUCAAGCGAAAACAUUAGUUCUGACACAACCUGCCACCGGCGGCUGUCUCAGCAAGUGACCGUGCGCGCCGCCCGCCCUCGCUUCCCGACAACUGCUGUUUUUCUGCCGUCACCCCAGCCAGGCGUCGCUUCUGACGAAAUGCAAUUGAACGCGCUCGCGAAAAAACGUAGAUGUUCGAAGCGCUGGGUAGCUGCGUCGAUAGACAAGUGUAGAUAAAUCCUGGGCGUCACAGGGCCUCACACUUCGCAUUGCACACCGGACACACUGCUGCAAGCGUGAAGAAAGUUUUUUCUGUGCCAAACCACGGUUUACAACAGAGGAGUCAAACACUCUCGAAUGCACGCAUCUCCAGCGAAUCAAGAACACUGCCAGUCGGAUGGUGCGUGCUUGAGUUGCCACCAGUAGUCAUCAAUGCAACCGCAC